CGGAGGUAUUCGGUGCAGUGCAUAGAAACUAAAAGCGUAAAUCGAUAUCCCGCGAUAGUCGACAAAGACUAACGAAACGAGACGAGACGAGACGAGACGAGACGAAAUUGAGUUUCACGAUGACGUUGGUGCGCCUUCACGCGGCAAAUAUACCGAAGAAACGUUGAUGGAGCAGAAGGAAAUCGUUUCAACGGCUGGAAGAUGACCGUCUCGAUGGAACACAAGCGUAAGAGCUCGUGGGAUUCGAAGAUAUCGGUAAGCACGGUAAGCACCAGAAGAUUCAGCCGUGCAGGAACACCGAGCUCGAUCCUGUCGUCGGACAGUGACAUACGAUUUACGAGGAAGCUCGGUGGACAGUAUCGUUGCGGAUGCUGCGUGCUAGCCGCAUUCUUGCUUUUCCUCCUCUUUUCUGGCAUCUCCAUAUACCUUGGCUACACGUUUCUAACAUCGGACCCUCCGGGUGAUCAGAUCUUUUUGGCGACAUUCCGAGUGAUAGAGGGUGACUUUUUCGCUCCGGAACUAACAGAUCCCUCCACCGAGGCCUUUCGAGUACGAUCGCGAGAGUAUCGCGACCGACUUAAUCUUAUCUUCCGUCGCAGUUGGCUCAAGAUUUCUUUUCUCGCCGUGGAAGUAUUGGCACUCGAUGGAUCCGAUGGCAGGGAUUUGGUGGUUCAUUUCGAGGUACGAUUCGAUCCACGAUAUCAGACCAUCACCACCGCGGAUGUCGUCGAAAUCCUUACGCGGGAGAUCAAUCCCGAAACCGCAAAGUAUUUAACGAAUCUAACGAUCGACUCGCAAAGCCUGGAAGUUCAGGAGAGCUUGAAAGCUUUGAACGCUCAGGUCGGUCUACAAACGACAGUUUCGACGCCACCACCGACCACUACACCGCCGCCUCCUAGAAGGUGCAGCAGUCUGGAUUUGUCUUACUGCAAGCAUCUCCCGUACAACGUUACGUCCUAUCCAAAUAUAUUGGGACACCGUUCGUUGGCUGACGUGGAAGAGGACGUGAUCGCUUUCAGGGAGUUAGUCGAUGCGGAAUGUUACCGAUUGGCGUACGACUUUGUGUGCCAAGUUUUACAACCGGCGUGCAUAUCGAAUCAACCGGAAGACCUGCUGCAGCUACCGUGCAGGAGCUUCUGCAGAGAGUUCUGGAACGGAUGCGGCAGCCGACUUCCGGACAGAAUUAAACGGCUAUUGGACUGUUCGAAUUUCCCGGAGUACGCCGACCAAGGUGGAUGCAGAGCAAAGCCAGGAUGCGUGCAAGCGCUUCAAGCGAAAGCAUUGUCACCGAGAAUUUGCGACGGCGUGAUCGAUUGCCCUGACCUUUCGGACGAGAAAAAUUGCGCUUAUUGUCGCGACGGUUACAUGCACUGCGGUGUAGGUAGAACUUGUAUUCCACGUGGCAAGAGAUGCGAUGGAAAGGCGGAUUGCAGCAACGGUAGCGACGAGAAGGAUUGCCUAUCCCUAGCGCCGAGUAUUCGUUCCAUAAAAUCGCAACCAUCGGAUACACCGUUCGCGGCGAAGUAUAACAGCGAGGGAUUCGUCGUGUUCAACGAGAAGGGUACCAUCGGGAAACUCUGCACCGCGAAUCUGAACGCGACACUGCCAGGAACGGAAAUGGAAACCGUUCUUCACAAUGCUGCCAGUUCUUUGUGCACUCUAUUGACUUACGCAGGAGUGAAUUCCGUGCAAGUUCGAGUCGACGACGAAGAGGAUAUUCAAUACGUCCACAUGGAGGAUCCAUCUGCCACGGAGAUCACGUUCGUCAGAGCACCCUGUCCGAGCAAGGAAGUUAUGUACGUGCGAUGCUCCGAACUCGAGUGCGGUGUACAGUCGUUACAUGCAAAAAGCGGUAGUCGAGGUCUUAAUAAAAUGGCCGAGCCGGGAGACUGGCCCUGGCACGUAGCUCUCUUUAAGGAAGAAGUACACGUAUGCGAUGCCACGCUGGUGGCGGAAAAUUGGUUGAUUACCACGGCUUCUUGCUUUCAAGGUCAGCCAAAGGCAGAAUGGUCCGCGAGAAUGGGCACUGUCCGACUGUCGAGUACGUCGCCGUGGCAACAGGAGCGUAGAAUCGUGGGUAUGAUUAAAUCACCGGUAGAAGGGAGCACAACCGUUCUAUUGAAGCUCGAUCGACCUGUAACCACGUUUUCCGAUUUCGUAAGACCCGUAUGUCUGCCCUCGAGUCAGGAUCCACCGAUGAAUGCGACUCAUUGCAACACGCUCGGAUGGGCCAGAAAUCGAGAUUUACUACAAAGGGUACAGCUCAGGCACAGUGCAAUGGAACGAUGCGAAAAUAUUAGUAUCGCGUCGGUGAAUAGCGUUUGCACGGAACCAGCUUACUCUACCGAUGAUUGUAACGAGGAAGAGGUUGCCGGUAGUCCUAUGUUGUGUCUCCAGCCGGAUGGUCGCGGGUGGGCAUUAACAGGUGUCGGUAGUUGGCGAAUAGCUUGCUCGAAAGCCGGUAUCGAAAGGCCUCGAUUAUACGAUAAAAUUUCCUCGAAUAUCGCCUGGAUUAAAUCUACCAUCGAAUAGAUUUUUAUCUAAUAUAUUAUUUAAUAAAUCCACAUGGACUGACAGGGACUGAAAUUAACAUUGCGGCGGUAUACAAAUAGAUAUUCCAUACGCGAUAUGAAAUCCAUCGCUUCUCGUUUCGUACAAUUUUUCUAUCCUAUCUAACAGACUGUAAAAUAUCCAUUGUAAAUUAUUACGUUAAAACGUGUCGUAUUAUCGUGGGAUACAUUUCUCGCACCGAUUCGUG